AUCAAUCGAACCGGGUGCUGUACCGAAACACCUUUGAAUUUACGUUUUGCGGGAUUGCGCAAACCCGGCGACUCGGCACGGCACUUACAUUGAAUGACAUGCUCAGUCCAGACUCCGAGGUGUGUUUACCAUCUCAGGUGUAGCUUCGCGCAACUCGAAUAGCAUGGCGGGCCUCAUUCGACAACGCACCACAUCUUGGCCUCGACAGCGGGCGCGCGCCGUCGCGCGGGCGCAAAGCAACAAACGUCUUUCGUUGUCGACCCUCUGCGACUGGCAUCCCAAUCUCAACCCGCCUCUGUCCUGUCAACAGCAUUGUGUCGCAACCCAUGUCACUUCCUAAAGUUCCGGCACUCGAACCCACGACACUCCAACGCCCGCGCAAUUGUGUGCGCUGCGCGCCUAGCAGCCACAACAUGCUCGCUUGGCCGGUUCAGUUGCACCUUGGCCUCAGCAGACGUAGGUAGGUUUUUCGUGCGCAGUGACAUAUACCUUACCAUGCAUACAACAGCGCUGCGCUGGGUCCUUUUUGCUUCUGGGCUGGUCUCGAGCACUGGCGUACGACAUGCCAGUGCGCAACUCACCAUUUUGCCCACACAAACGUGGCCCGCUGCUGAUGAUGAUGGGGAAAUGGGGCAGCGGGAGGUUUUCGAGCAGAGGUGCGGUUGCACAACCCAGCUGUUGGACUAAAUGUCGUGCUUGGCGAACCUUCCCAACAAGGCUGAUUCAGGCUUGACAAGAAACGGAUAUGUACAAUACCGUCGUGCACCGCUCUGGAAGUGUGCGAAGCUGCUGUGGGGGAUGGCAUUUGGG